AUGCGUGAUGGCACGUACCCAGCUAAUCCCGGACUAACGAUAGAGGGUCUCGCUGUCCUUGCCUCAGUGGCGAAAGCAAAAGCAACCGACCUCUAUGACCACCUGUUGGAGGUAGUGAACAAAACUGUGUCAAACACUGGAUGGCAUAAUGAGGAGGGCAUCGUGGCAGCGGACAACAAAAAUCAACCUUCCGCUGAGCAUGUCGGACAAUACAUAGUCCGUGGGUUAUCUGCUAUAUACCAGCGCAAUGAGACCCAUUCAAGCCUUCGUGACUAUAUUCGACAAUACCUCGGUGUGCAGUAUAAUGCGGUCCUGAGCAACGCUCGGUCGAUGGGAAGCAAUCGCAACAUUUAUUCUGCCUCUUGGACAGGCCCACCUUCAGUCUCAAAUUUUGAUUUCAACAGCCAGACGAAUGCAAUGAGCAUAUUGGUCGCGGCAAUCCCUGUUCGAGAUUCGGAUUCGGAUACACCAGGUGUAACCAGUGCCGGACCUCCUACACCCACAGGUAGCAACAACCCAGUUCCUGGUCCGCGGCCUUUGAAUAUUGGAGCAAUAGCAGGAGGUGUGAUCGGUGGACUUGCGCUAGUUUCCCUCAUUUUGGUCGCCGCCCUCUAUCUCAUUCGACGACACCUCAGAUCCGUUAGUUCCAGGAAGGGGAUUGAAGUCGAACCUGAGAGUGGUCAAUUACAACCAUUUACCCUGAUAUCCGAGAAAAACCCACCACGGCCAAAGUUUCACCUCAGUUUACCUGCCACUACAGCCUCUGGUUUCAGUGGUAGCUCACUUUUGACCUCGUCUUCGAGUACUGAACCAUUCAGGUUGGGUAGUAUGGUCCCAACGGAGGAGCUUUUCAGGAUGCUCAAUGAAAGGCUUCAGUCAGGACGGGAGUGGCGAGGUGAAGAAGCUCCUCCGGAAUAUGCUAGUCAUCGUACAUAG